AUGGCCGAGCACAUUGCGCCUGGCGACUCGGAGCACACGAACCCGUACCGGAGUGAUGGGAAGCUCCCAGUAGGGAAGGCAAUUGUCGCAGAGCUCGCAAACCCCUACGACGCCCUCGUCUCCUCCAUGGCCUCCCAAUUCCCCAACACAAAAGUAAUCCCCUACCCGUACCACGCAACUUCGGAAGAAGCCACCCUCGGGCUAAUCGACGAUGUCCUCAACGCCUGGGGACGACUAGACGUCUGGACGUCCUCCACCGGGCUGCUUGGCUCGCCCUCCAUCACAGCCACCGGCCCCGCCGACCUGCUCGCCGCCUUCGAAACAAACGCCAUGCCCGCCUUCUUCGCCCUCAAGUACGCCCCCGCCGCAAUGACAAAAACCACCACCCAGCGCGGCAACUACCCAAACGCCGCGCCAAAGGACGUGCCGUACGGCUCCAUCGUGGUAGUGUCCAGCGUCGCAGCUACAUACGGCGGGUGCUGGGGCCCCUCUUUUACCAUGUCGAGCCACGCCGCACUCGGUGUAGUCCGCGCGGGCGUCGCGGUGCUCAAGGGCACGGGGGUGAGGAUCAACGCCGUGACGGCGGGGCAGAUUGACGUCGGCGUGGACCUUGAAGCCGCGGGCCUGGAGGAGCUUGAGAAGGGGCAAUUUCCGCCGGUUACGCUCCAGAGCGUGGAGACGCAGAAGAGGGUCGUGGGACUGGAGAGGGCGGGAAGGCCUGAGGAGGUUGGGCGGGUGGUGGGGUUUCUUGCGAGCGGGUUUAGUUCGUAUGUGACGGGGGCUGAGAUUCGAGUGGAUGGGGGCGCGAGCGUGAUGAAUCCGCUAACAGUGCCGGUGUAA